UCAGAAUCCAAUCCCUAAACCCCCCACCCCAAAUUGUCCAUCAGUUUGUUCUGGAAUUUGGACCCACUCCCAAUUCAAACCGAGUGAGCUCCGUGUGUGUGUACCAGCGGUUCUAGGCGAACCGGUCCAACACUUUGUAACACCAGAGAAGAACUUCGACGUAGUUCUGGAGAGGAUCUCGCACUUCGACUCGUGUCUUCUGAGUGGUUAAGAUCAGCAGCGAACCUGCGAUUUUUGGUGUCCAAUGCCUUAACUUGUGCGAUUCAGGAUGUGAUGAUAGUUUUUUGUUACUGUUUUUGAGAAUGUCCUGAAUCAUAGGACAGAUUUGCGCUUUUUGGAUAGUCUAUCGCAGUUGCUGUUUCUUGCAGAGCAUGAAUGAUCGGAAAUUUAGGAAACUGAUCGAAUUAGAAUUUUACCCGGGACUGAAAUGAUUGAAGUACUUGUGAACUUAUUGGAUCGGUUUUCUAUUGGUUGUUUCUGUAUUAUGUUUUACUCUCUCAAUAACUGUUUAAAGCUAAUAUACUGUUUCGUUUGAUCCUGAUCUCCGUAGAAUUUCAACACAGUAGAAAAGUUCAAAAAAAGUUAUUAGUAACAUAAUUGAGGGGACGAGAUUGAGUUUUGAAUGGCCAAAGGAUUAUCUCAGACUGCCAUUAACUAAGUUGUAGUUCGCACAGGGGUUUCCGUUUCGUAGUUCAGUUGUCCACAGUUGAAUGGCUGGUGAUGACGAGAAGUCCUUAUUAAUAGGACUAUUGACUCCCACGAGUCAAAGUGAUUGUAAGUCUCAUCCUAAGAGGAGAAGAUUUCGGCGAUGUAGAAGUGCUCCUUUAGCUGAAUUUGUUCCUGGUGAAAUUAAUGGCAAGGAUGAGGCACAGUCACCUCCACGUUCAGAAUCCUUUUUAGAUAGCAUUCAUCCCAGUUUCAGAAGGGUGAUCAUCUAUUUAAUUUUCUACUUGGCUAUUGGUACCAUUUGCUUUUACUUUGUCAUGGAUGAGAUCAAGGGAGAGAAAACAGAUGGGGUUCUUGAUUCUGUUUACUUUUGCAUUGUGACCAUGACUACUGUUGGAUACGGAGACCUAGUGCCUAGUAGUACGGCUACAAAACUUCUUGCUUGUGCUUUUGUCUUCUCGGGGAUGGCUCUGGUUGGCCUAACGCUAAGCAAAGGAGCCGACUACCUUGUGGAAAAGCAGGAAAUAUUGCUUAUUAAGGCAUUGCAUAUGCAGGAAAAACUUGGCCCAACUGAAAUUCUCCAAGAGAUGGAAACCAACAAAGUUCGAUAUAAGUGUUUUAUGAUGAUGGGCCUUCUUGUACUGCUCUUUGCAGGUGGGACAGUCUUUCUAGCUACAGUUGAGAAAUUGAACCUUGUUGAUGCAUUCUACUGUGUUUGCUCAACCAUCACGACUUUGGGUUAUGGAGAUAAAAGCUUCUCGACAAAGGCUGGACGUGUUUUUGCAGUAUUUUGGAUUUUGACAAGCACUAUUUGUUUGGCUCAGUUCUUGUGUUAUAUUGCUGAGCUUAACACUGAGAGCAGACAGAAAGCAGUUGUCGAAUAUGUUCUUACCAAGAAAAUGACAAAUGUGGAUUUGGAGGCAGCUGAUAUCGAUGCCGAUGGGAAUGUUGGGGCUGCUGAAUUCAUUAUAUAUAAACUGAAAGAGAUGGGGAAGAUCAAUCAAGAAGAUAUCUCACUUCUGCUGGAAGAGUUUGAAAACCUUGAUGUCGAUCAAUCUGGAACGUUGUCCACCUGCGACUUGAUGCUCGCACAAUCAGGUCCGAUGAGACCCUGAUUCCGUGCGUUUUAACUCUCAUCUAUGUCAUUUGGGAUUUAAGAGACUGAGGAUUUUCACGCUCAUGAGGCUGACUCUUACGUGCAUCUGUUGUGCUUUGUACCUAUAUUCAUGUUUUUUGGAGUGGCUAUAGAACUUUGAUCCCGUAAAACCUGUGAAUGAAUGGGUCCCAAAACCUCUGUGAUAUAUGCAACACGACUAUAUUAAGCAAAAGCAUUACUCAACUCCUUUGAAGUACUGUAACUUUUUCGUAUGGGUUAGAGAAAUUUGAUGCCUGUAUCCAAUUGCCGGCCUAUUAAUCUUGAUCAACAUCAUGGGCCAAGCCCAUCAAAUAUAACCCAGCACAGCUACAAGGCCCCAAUGCCUAGGACCUUUGCUUCCAAGACUCUCAGUGUUGUGGUUACCGAGAAGAUCUUUGUAGGAUGGUGGUUUUACGAUGGUAUUGGAACUUGAAAUGUACCCUUUUGUUGUAUUUUAAGGGAUGGAUUUGUACUAUAAAGAAUUAACAAUGUCAUAUCAAUAACACAUCAUAAAAUAUUCCGUGUGUUA